UAAAGUCAAGACAGGGCGACUGUUUAUAAAUAUGUCUGACAACUUCAGAAGUAUGGAACUGGCGAAGAGAGAAAGUGAGAGGUAUACAGCAAAGUGAAAUGGCCAGCACCAAGGAGUGAACUCGUGUGUUGUUACAUAUCAAGAACGCCAUUAGACAUUGUGGUGAGGGCUGUGGACUUGCUUGAAGGCCAGCUUUUGAAGAAUCGGCAAAAGACAGGCAGCUUUAUGAAAUUAUUGAUUGCUGAAGCUAUUAACAUACCAGCCCACCAGUAAGCAGGUGACCGCCAUGUUCCAAGAGGACAGUUUUGAGCUGGACCAGACUGUCCCGUUUUCUCUCACCAGAGAACUCAACCCCACCUUUCCCGACUUGCAUCUACCCUGUCACGUGACCAGAGAACUCAAGUUCGCCUUCUACGACUCCUCGCUUCCUUAUCACGUGACCUGCUUACAGUCGUGUUCUAGCGACAGCACAGCAAGCGGGAAAGGGAGGAUGUCGGACACCCAUCCCUACAAGAGUCCCCCCAGCUAUGAGGAGACUAUGCAGCUACACUCCACAUACACGCCGCUCUCUCCACCCAACAGCGGAUGUGACGCAGUGUCCACAUCUUCCACUCUACUGGACGACAUCAUGGAGUGCAUCCUGCUGGACAAUACACCUCACCUGUCCCCGGGAUCUUCCGAUUACCAGGAGAGAAGCACGCCCAGCCCUGCAUUGUCGGACAUUUCGUCGGUCCUAACGAACUGGUCCAGCCACAAGAUGCAGCGAAGAGCAGAGAAGAAGAUAAAAAUAAAAUGCGUGAGAUAGCUACACUUAUUCUUUCUGGUAGCGGCCAAGUGCAGUUGUGGCAGUUUCUGCUGGAGCUGCUGGCAGACAGCAGCAACGACGACUGCAUUCGGUGGGUAGGGGGUCAGGGCGAGUUCCGCAUGAUCGACCCCGAGGAGGUGGCCCGCAGGUGGGGCCGACGGAAGAACAAGCCGAACAUGAACUACGACAAGGUGAGCCGGGCCAUGCGCUACUACUACGACAAGCUCAUCCUCAGCAAGGUGCAGGGCAAGAGGUACACCUACAGGUUCAACUUUCACGUCAUCAUGCGCAUGCAGCGAUCUACCCAGAGUACGCCGGACAUGCGAGAGUUUGGGGAGCUGCUGAGCAUGGUGGGAUACCAGUCUCAGAGCGCCUCCACCCCGGAUAUCUCGCACACACUCUCCUCCCUCCCCCCAUCCCCACCCGUACCGACGCCAUCUUGCUCUGAGGGGAGCAAACUGCGCUCCAACUCCCUCCCCGUACCUUCUCCCCAGUCGCAUCUGAGCUCACGUGUCCUUCCCAUCAUGCCUCGUGCCCAGAUGUGACGCAAAGACCAGACUCGAGAACUGGCGAGAUCUUGCAGAGUUGGGGGCGGGGGCGCGCCUUCAGUCACGACUCUGUGGAUACUCAGAGUGAGUGGCCAACAGUUUCUAGCUGGGAGGUGACAGCAGCACUUGCAGGGUCAGGGGUUAGACUCGCCCAAGCAGCGUACUCUCAACACGACGAUUCCUUCAGUUGCGACCUGUACCCCGAAUGGCGGGACUCCAAGGUGACAGGUAAUCUUGAGGCUGUCACACAUCCAGCGCUACACAACCACGACCCAGAGACGUCAUCGUCAGCCCACAACGACCACCGCUACCUGCAGCAGCUCCAUCAUCAUUCGCACCAGGAUCAUCGCAUUCAAUACUACUGUGACGAUGCUUGUGCCGUGCCCGCUGCUCACGACGGCCAGCAACCGGGUGUCUGGACAGCGGGGCCCAGCCACUGCGCUGAGUACUACUCACCCAACUAAUGAACACGUGCGACAGAGAAAGGACUCUUUGUGUUUUAGCUCCAUCGUGGUCUUUGUCGUCAAGGAGGCGAGACCGUGUGACGUGUCUUCAGGACCUGGAGUGACAUGACAUAACCCUCACGUGACCUGCUCUGCCCUUUUUUAUGAACUUUUGCCAGAAAGUCCGGCGACGUGUGCGACCAGGGGCUCAGUACUUCGCCAGUUCAUGCUCAACAGGACAUGCCGAGACUUUUGACGAGUCAUUAGACGAGGCCUGACAAUCGCAGGCCCUGUUCUCGCCCCCAAAACACUCCAGUCUCUCACCACUUGGUGACCCGGAUCAGUUAUCGGUGGCCGAGGAUCCUAGUUGAUGUAACUCGCUUUCCGCGUACAAGUGAUCAAGUGCGAGGGCAGCAACAGCUCGUCCGAUGUGAAUGGAGGAGUAGAGGGAGGGAAGGGGAGAAGGGGGAUUACUUGGAAGAUCUUUCCGGAAGUGUGGACUCGGAAGUCAUGACCUGUUGACCCUGUCAGUGUUGCAGAAGCUGGGGACGGUUACUGUACACUAGAAGAUCUGUCCGUAGCUGAUGAUGUUGACGAGUGACAAUGUUUCAUCUGCUGUCUACAAGCUGUGCACGUGCAGUGCCUCGCACGUGUAGGUGCCACGUGGACAGUACACAUAUCAGUCAGUCUCUGACAUGUCAGCAGGAGUUUCCUGCGGUGAUUGUGCGUGAUUGAAGAUUUUAUUGCUUGUGUUUGUUUGUUUGUUGUCGUAGCUCUCAACCAUCAACCCGUAUCAGAACUCCCGCUCACGGCAGGGCACUGCUGUUUUCUCUUUUCCUCUGUCUUCUUUCACUGGCACACGCACAAAAUAUGUACAUGAAUACGCACACACCUAUGUGUUCAUAAAUAUACAUAAAUCAUGAUACGUUACUUGAUUCCAUGGACACGUGUAGACACCUGUCUACCUCAUACACUUACUUCUUUCUUCUCCGUGACGUACGGCUGUGCCAAGUGAUGCUGACAGGUGUGGACAAGGUUUGGUGUUAGUGACAAAGUUUAAAAUAUCAGCAAGAAGUGUUAAUAUGUCAAUAUGUUCUGCAAUACAAUGUCGGACCUCAGAGGUACGAGAUAAGACAAACAAGUGAAAUGACGAUAAACAAAAGAAUUGUAAAGCGAAAGGUCACAAUGUCAAAACAACUCAACGGUCAUUUCUGGUUGUUUGUGGCUCAUCAGAUGUCAUUAGAGGUAAUUACUGUCACCCCAAGUGUGAUGUUGGCCCUCAUGCUGCUAGGUGAGAAUUGUCCCUUGACAUAGGUAAUGAAGAAACCAGAUCACGUGGUUGCUGCUGUGUAGCCAGGCAGGGACAUGAAGGAAUCCACGUGGUAUGUUUACGAUUUUGUAGUCUGUUGUUACAUCACGUUGAUCGCCAGGGCUUCGCGGAGCUGGCUGCAUGAGAUUGCCAUAGAAACUGAGUCCAAGGAUAACAUUUUAGCAACCGACACUAACCCCAACCCGCGCUUAACCCUAACCACGCCCAUGCAUCUCACGGGUGCGCGGCCAAGGAAACAAUAAUCUUACUGAUCCAUCACUUAACCCUUAUCCUUAUUGGGUUUGUACACGUGGUAGGGUCUGUGGCCCUUGGUGACUUCUUUGUUUGCUUAGUUGUUAGCAUGAACAUCACUUGUGGUGACAUCACUUGUGGGGACAUCACUUGUGCUCCUGGUCUGUCGCCCCAACAGGCUGCUCUGCCCAACUGACCAACACUUGCUGUCUGUGCACUGAAUGCAUCGUCAUAACUUCAUUCAUGCAUUGUUUAUUUUAAUUUCUGCCUUCUGUAUUCUCUUCUUCUUGUUCUUCUUUCUUCGUCACCACGCAUUGCUAAAGCUGUGAUGUGUUCGUCACGACCCUCUGUACCAACUGUGAUGUGUUCGUCACGACCCUCUGUACCAGCUGUGGUGUGUUCGUCACGACCCUCUGUACCAGCUGUGGUGUGAUCGUCACGACCCUCUGUACCAACUGUGAUGUGUUCGUCACGACCCUCUGUACCAGCUGUGGUGUGUUCGUCACGACCCUCUGUACUGUGAUGUGUUCGUCACGACCCUCUGUACCAACUGUGAUGUGUUCGUCUAUUUUAUAACCCACCGGUGACGUUCACAGACAUUAUCUGCCUGCGGUGUGUCUCUGUGACGUGUAUAGAAUGAACAUUUUGUGGCAUAUGACGUCACAACCAUAGCUCAUGUGUUAAACAGACGUCACCGCCCGUGACGGCUACAUACCUCGUGGAACCUGACGUUAGCAUGUCACGUGUUCGUCAUUUACUGUCUGUGAGGUGUACAGACGUCACAUGAUAGUUAUUGUUGUGACACCGAUGUCAUGUGUUGACUGUGACAGCUGUACAAGCUCAAGUAUCUACCGAGACACACUGUGCCUUGGAAAGCCGCUUAGUGCGUGCAUAUGCACAGUUUGUGUGUGUGUGAGUGUGAGUGUUUGAAGCUGAUUCAAAUCUGUUAUGUCACUAUUUUGUCAAAGAGAAAUUAUAAUCUUCAUGUUACUAAAUCAGUCUUAGAGUUAUUGAUAAUGAAUUGGGUACAGAAAUAUUGUUAUAGCUGUUAUAGUUGUUAUUCGAUAUUAUAUUUUUAUACGAAGUACAAUAAACAAGACCGAAUUUUU